UGUUCUGUUUCUGCUGCUGGAAAUACUGUGCCACCUUUCUUCAUAUUUCACCAUGUUCAUUUUAAGCCCCAUUUUCUCAGAGAUGCUCCGCCUGGAAGCGAUGGAAGUGCCAAUCUAUCAGGCUGGAUGAAAGAAGUUCAUUUUAUAUAAUAUAUCCAGCAUUUUAUUCAGUACUCCUAAGCGUCUAAAGAAAACCCUCUCCUGCUUUUGAUAGACAACCACGAUUCGCAUUUAUCUACCGAAGCACUAAAUAUCUGCAAAUAUCACGACGUAACAGUGUUAUACUUUCCGCCUCACUGUAGCCAUGAGCUCCAACCUCUGGAUCGCAGUGUGUAUGGACCGUUAAAGAAGUAUGUCAAUAGUGCUUGUGAUUCUUGGAUGACUAAUCGUCCGGGUGCAACGAUGACCAUUUAUGACAUACCCAGUAUUGUUCGUACUGCACUACCAUUAGCGGCAACUCCAAACAACAUUACAGCUG